AAAAACAGUCUGCGUAUGAUUUUGAGAUUUAUGGGUACUAGUUUCGGUACAAAUCUUUCAAUUCAAUGUGAAUUCUGUUUCUAGGACAGAAGGACUAAUAUCACAAUAAAGUAGAUGAAAGAGUAUGCAUAUAAUUACUAUGAAAUCUUGUAUUUCAUAACUUACAGUUUGAACACACAAGCGUUGUGUUUUAAAUUUUUUGUACAGCUACUUCCUCUCAAUAGUCGUACGACUGGUUCUCAAAUUGUCAAUCUAAUUCAUAUAAAAUAAACAAGAAAUGUCUAUUCUGACUCGUCUCCUUCCUUCACCAACCCCGUAUCUUGCAUGGAUAAAAAUGGACGACCCUUCUUUCAAUACCCAAUUCAUGUCAUUUUAGCAAAUUCAUUACACUUUACAUUUUUAAGGAUUUGAAAACAAAAUGGGAUCAGCAUCACCAUUGAAGGGUUUCACUGUGAGGAGAAAGAAUCACGAGCUGGUUCGUCCAGCGAGACCGACCCCUAUAGAAACAAAACCCUUGUCUGACAUAGACGAUCAAGAUGGCGUACGUUUUCACAUUUCCAAUAUACAUUUUUACAGAAAAAGACCAACAGUUGUAGGUGGUGGUAACGAUGACCCUGCUAAGGUAAUCAAAGCGGCUUUGGCGGAAACUUUGGUAUAUUACUAUCCAUUUGCAGGAAGGUUGAGAGAAGAGGCUGGAAGGAAGCUGGUGGUGGAUUGCACCGGAGAAGGUGUGUUGUUCGCGGAGGCGGAUGCCGAUGUGACACUGGACGACUUCGGGGAAGAGCUUCAGCCACCAUUUCGGGGCUUGGAUGAGUUGUUGUUCAAUGUUCCGGACAACUGUGGGAUCCUUUAUUCUCCUUUGCUCUUUAUACAGGUGACACGCCUGCGAUGCGGUGGUUUCGUGUUGACCUAUAUCCUGAACCACACAAUGGCUGACGGUGCCGGGAUGGUGCAAUUCAUGAGUGCCGUGGCGGAGAUAGCAAGAGGAGCUUCAGCUCCGUCGGUAACUCCGGUCUGGAUGAGACAUCUCCUGCGCGCCAGAGACCCUCCCAGAAUCACCUGCGCCCACCCUGAAUACGAUCCCAUUCCCGACACCUCUAAACCAAUCCUACUUCCACUUGAACAUAUGGUUUGUCGAUCUUUCUUCUUCAGCCAGGCGGAGAUCUCCGCCCUCCGGUCAUCCCUCCCGCCCCACCUCCGGUCCAAGUGCUCGAAUUUUGAGAUCCUCUCCGCUUGCCUCUGGCGCUGCCGGACCGCGGCACUUCAACUCGAACCGGACCAGCAAGUGAGACUCCUUUGCAUCAUCAAUGCCCGUUCCAAGUUCAAACCUUUUCCUAGAGGGUACUACGGGAACGUUUUGGCCACCCCGGCGGCGGUGACCACCGCACGGAAACUCGUCAACAACCCGCUCGCGUACGCAGCGGAGCUGGUGAUGAAAGCCAAGUCGGAGGUUACGGAGGAGUACAUGCAGUCCAAUGCGGAUCUGGUCGUUUUGAGGGGGAGACCAAGCGUCAACUUGGCGACGGCGUACAUGGUUUCGGAUCUGACGAGGUCCGGGUUCGACGAGGUGGAUUUCGGGUGGGGAAAACCGAUUUUUGCCGGACCAGCGAUUAGCAUGAACCCUGUGGUGGGAGUGAUUGGGUUUUACAUUCCGAAGAAGAAUAGCAAAGGGGUGAAUGGGAUGGUGGUUCCGGUUUGCUUGCCGGAGUUUGCCAUGCAAAGAUUCAUUGAUCAGAUUGAAAUGAUACUGAGUAAGGUGGAGAGUGAAGGUGAUGAAGGAGAUAACGACUUCUCCCUCAAUCUUAGAUCUGCCUUGUGAAUUAAUAUAUAUAUUAUUAAAUGGGCCGAAGAAAACAAAAGAAAAGAAGAGCACUUUCUCAUUUUCAAAAGAAUCACCUGUAUGUAAGUGUAUGUGGAUGUAAAAUUUCAUGAGAUUGAUGGCAUGGUGCUUUGUAAUUUUUUUUUUCUUUCAAAUUAGAAAUAGAAAUGAUGUUUCCUUUGGCUUAA